GUUUGGGGACGGUGAUGGUGAUGACAUGUACCGCUUUUCCGGUGCGUUGAAUAGAAUUUAUUUGUGACUAAGUUUUUUGAAAACGUUCAACCAAUUAACAUCUGCAAUAUCGGCAUUCAACAAAGAGAAUUUAUAUUCGUAUGCACAUCGAGAAUAAAGAUUAUUUUGCUCCCAACAAGAUGAAAUGAGUCAUUGUGGUGAAUAUCAGCAAAUUUGAGGGAUCUCUCCCAACGAACAACCGUUGGCCAGAACUGCUGGAGAACCUCGAGUCAUGCUGCUUAUCAGUCUUCCAGCUGCAGUCGUUGCCAUGACACAUAACUUGGUGUUGAUUGCUCUAGCAAUUAUUUCAAUCGUCGGAGUUGUUGCUAGUAAGAUUAUAGAAUUUUAGAAGGUGUAAUAACUCUAACUUCUUAACACAUCAUCUUCCCAACAGUCGAUAGAACACCCUUAAGGUAUGUCCCCUUUCGGUGUCGAUGUGGUAUUUCCGUCUCGAUAACGUUCCGCUGCGAUGGAUUUGCUCACUGUCCGGACGGGUCAGAUGAGAUCGACUGUCAGAGUGCAUCGGUCAUCGAAAAACCUUCCGCUCUAGCAACCGUACAAGUUGGUGAGUGGAUGAAUCUAACAUGCCGUGGUGCAGGUGUACCGCCACCGAUCGUACGAUGGAAAAUGAACGGAAAUGAAUUGCUCGAUCCUGUCUGUGACUGGGUGUCGGAGAAUGGCGAUGGACAUUUAGCCUGCCGAAUGCGAUUAAUAGACGCGGGUAACUAUUCCUGCCAUCUGGCACAUCCACACGGAACGGUGAAUGUACAACCGGUAACGGUUGCCGUGGUUCGAGGAAAUCCAUGUCCGAAAGGGGAAUUUCUAGCGGGUGAUGAAAACACCAGCUCCUGUAUGAAGUGUUUUUGUUCUGGUGUUUCCGAACUCUGCCAUCAGGUGAAUGUUUUCAGAUGGAAUUAUACGAUGGCGAUGAACGAUUGGAAAAUGCGAUACGCAACGUGGGAUGGAAAUGGAACUGUGAAGACGAUGAAAACUAUCAGCAACUUCCCUUCAAAUCGGACCCUGUACUACAGUCUUCCGUAUCGCUUCAUCGAGCAUCAAGUAAUGUCGUACGGAGGAUAUCUACAGAUCCCAAUAGAACCAGACGAACCUCAAGAGAUUCCAGAUAUUAUACUCAUGGGCUAUAAUCGAUCAAUCAUUUACAGGAGCAGUAACAUUGACGUGAUCAGGCAUGAGAUGGCUAAUAUUAAGCUACAGGAGUCGAGUUUCGUUCAUCUUAACGGAUCAUCCAUCGAUCGAGUAGAGUUCCUAACAGUGCUUGCAUACAUUGAUCAUUUUCUGAUUCGAAUGCAUCCCAAGAAUGGACGUUAUGAACCAAGUGGACGGCUAAUCGUAAUGGACUCUGCAAGUGACUAUCAGCGAGGUUUGGGUAUAGCGACCCACAUCGAAGAGUGUCGCUGUCCUGCCGGGUUCCGUGGCAACUCCUGCGAGCGGUGUGACUUUGGCUACAAUCGAGCGUUUAUUGGACCACCGAUGGGUUUAUGUAUGCCGUGGGAGUGGCACCGGGCACGAUACGUUCCAAAGAGUAUCACUCCGAGAACUUACCAUUACGUGUGAAAGACUAUGCGUGGAGAAGAUGUAGACUUACCUGUAAAUAGA